CACGACUUGCGCGAUGCCUCUUGCGCCUGUGGUGACGCGUAACGACUUCGCUGGCGAGGAAGGCGUUUUCAAGUGUUUGCAAUGGCUAGAGAAUUCUCCGGGGAACGCCUUAUUGGAUCAUGCUGCCGCUGUGGAGGAAUUGAUUGAGAACGUCACGGCCCAACCAGGAGGAUCUAGUACAACAGCGACGACGAAUACUAGAAGUAGUACGGCCCAAGGAGGAUCUAGUACAACAGCGACGACGAAUACUAGA